CACGCAUGCGUCCCACGCCGGGUUGCCCUGCCGGGGGAUUUCUGGAGGAUCGACAAGAGAAGAGCUGCCGCCUUCCUGUCUCGUCCACGCUAUAAUGUCAGCUCGCGCAGAAAGGAAGUAUGACCCUUACGACUACCCCGUGUGAAUUGGACACGAUGAGCCUCUUCCAAGACCUGAAGCUGAAGCGAAGGAAGGUGGACUCUCGUUGCAGCAGUGAUGGAGAGAGCGUGGCCGAUACGAGCACGUCUUCGCCUGACAUGGUUGGCCCUGUUUCUCCGUGCGCGAAGGGCACUGCUGAAAUAGCCAGGCAGUCACCGAGUCCCGCCCUGAGAGACAGGACCUCUCCCGACUCCGCUUUGCCAGAGGCGUCGAGGUCAGUGGCGGAGCCGUUGAAGGAAGAGGAUCCCGAGGAAGCACGAAUAGCGAGCCAGGGCGAAGGUGGCGACAAUAGCGUGUUCGACGGCGGCGGCAGGACGGCGACACACUCGCCCGCCUUCUGGAUGGCGGCCGCCGGCGUGGGCGUGUGCCGCAUCAACGGCGUGCGGCCCGAGCUGAUCGGCGGCGGGCUCGUGCGCUUCCCGCCGCACCACCCGCACCCGCAGCCGCAGCCGUCUCCGCAGUACCACCAGCUGACGCCGCAGCAGCCGACGAUCGGCCCGACUGAAAUGAAGCCGCCGUCGCGAGUGAUGGCCGGAUCGUCGGCGACGCCCAACGUGCUACGGCCGCCCCCGACUGUCAUAAUGGGCGAAGCCGGAGGCGUGCGGACGAUGAUCUGGUCGCAGCCCGCCGCGACGGUCGUCGAGUCUCUGCAGCACCAGCCGCAGCAGCAGCAGCAGCAACAGCAGCAGCACCCGCAGCAGCCGCCGCACCAGCAGCUCGUGGCGGCCGCGUCCACGUCGGGCUGGUCCACGUCCAGCUCGUCGACGUCGAGCGGCAACAGCGAGGAGUCGUCGGCGGCGCAGAUGCUGCUCAACCUGGGCCAGGAGCAGCAGCCGCUGGCGCAGGCGCCGCCGCAGCAGCCGGCGCAGCACUUCCCGCCGCAGGUGCGGCCGUUCGCGACGCCGCUCAACAUGGAGCGGCUGUGGGCGGGCGACCUGACGCAGCUGCCGUCGGCGCUGCAGCAGGCGCACGCGCUCAACCUGACUGCGGCCGCCGGCUCCGGCGCGAGCUGGCCCGCCGCGCCACCCCGGGCCUCCGACGAGGAGUCGAAGUUCGUGCUGGGCAUGCACCACCACCAGCACCAGCACCAGCAGCCACAGGCGCAGGCGCACCCGCCGCUGCCGCCCGCUCAGCACCACGACGACCAGGAGGACGAGGAGCAGCCCAUGAUCUGCAUGAUCUGCGAGGACAAGGCCACCGGCCUGCAUUACGGAAUCAUCACCUGCGAAGGGUGCAAAGGCUUCUUCAAGCGCACAGUUCAAAAUCGUCGAGUGUAUACAUGUGUUGCUGAUGGAAACUGUGAGAUCACGAAGGCACAAAGAAACCGCUGUCAGUACUGUCGCUUCAAGAAAUGCAUUGAGCAGGGUAUGGUGUUGCAAGCUGUUCGAGAGGACCGGAUGCCAGGAGGUCGCAAUUCUGGAGCGGUGUAUAACUUGUAUAAGGUGAAGUACAAGAAGCACAAGAAGAAUCCCAAGAACGGGCAGGGGAAGGUGCAAACGGACAAACAGAAGGCACUGGGACUGUCAGAGCAUGGUAUUUCUCCUCAUCUGGUGAAUGGCACCAUUCUCAAGACUGCACUUACAAAUCCUAGUGAGGUUGUCCAUUUGAGACAGAGACUGGACAACGCUGUUAGCUCAUCAAAAGACCGCACAUUUCCUAUGGAGGUGACACUUGGGAUGAUUCAGACACUUAUUGAUUGUGAUGAAUUUCAGGACAUUGCAACAUUAAGAAACUUGGAUGAACUUCUUGAUCAUAAAUCAGAUCUCUCAGAGAAAUUAUGUCAGAUAGGUGACUCAAUUGUCUACAAACUGGUCCAGUGGACGAAACGCCUUCCUUUUUACUUGGAGUUACCUGUAGAGGUUCAUACGAGGCUCUUGACUCACAAAUGGCAUGAAUUGUUGGUUCUAACAACAUCUGCGUAUCAAGCAAUGCAUGGAGUUCAUAAACUUGCUAACGACAGUAGUGAAGCGGACUUCACUCAGGAGGUAUCAAAUAAUCUGUGUAUCCUGCAGACAUGUCUCACUUCAAUGAUGGGCCGUUCAAUAACAAUGGAUCAGUUGAGACAAGAUGUAGGGUUGAUGGUGGAAAAGAUAACGCAUGUUACUCUCAUGUUUCGCAAAAUUAAACUGCAGAUGGAAGAAUAUGUCUGCUUAAAGGUCAUCACAAUGUUAAAUCAAGGUCGAGGUAGCACGACGGAACUGGAAGCAAUUCAGGAGCGGUAUACUAUGUGUCUCAGAAGUUUUGUGGAAAACAAAUUUCCACAGCAGCACUCUCGUUUCCACGACCUUAUUCUGCGGUUACCAGAGGUACAGUCAGCAGCUACUUUACUGCUGGAAAGCAAAAUGUUUUAUGUUCCGUUCCUCCUGAACUCUGCCAUUCAAAGGUAGUACAUCAACAAAGCAGAUAGCAGUAUUUACGAGCAGAACUGUGACAAUCGAUCGAGGACUAGUGACCGUAAUGUGACUAUUAAAUCUAAAAUAUGUAUUCGCACUUCACAGAAAUCUCUCUCAGACUUUUAUGAUACAAAAAAGUGAGAUAGAUAGUUGCACUACUGCUAUGUAAUACUUCUUCCCAGUCUCUGGAAAUAGUGUGGUUUUGUUGAGCAGCUGCAAGAUGAGGCCAGUGAGGAAACUGAAUCAGUUACCAUAACCAAUACUGGAGAAGGCUUUUGUACUGGUUGCCAAUUUGAAUGAAAAAUAAAUAUUUGAUUUUACGAGUCAGAUAUGAACUGUUAGGGAAGAACGUACUAGAAUUUAUUCAUUAAUAAAAUUGUUACCAUAUUGAGAAUAGACUGCUGUUUCAUGAAGACUGGUGUUUUAGCCUUUGCCAGGCUGAAAUUAUACAAGAAAAGCAUUCAAAGGCUAAAGUGAGACUAAGUUAGAUUAAUCGUAGGAAAAAAGUAAUUUACAAAUAUGAAGUAUAUUUUGCAGAAGACACAUGUGGUAAUGAGAUGCCUGUAUCUCAUAUAUAUGUAUAUGUUUACUAUUAAUGACAGAGCAGACAUGUGAUGGAAGCCACAUUUAUAAAUGGGUGAAUGACCAUUUAAAUUCCUAUACUGUUGUUACCAUUACAGUUUGUUGGAAAACAUUGUUGUAACCAAAGUAUUCUUACGCUGCCUUAAGUUACCGGAGACCUCCCAGAAGGGACAUAAUUUAAAUUCUAAUUAAAAUGGCUGAAAUGACAUUUGCCCCUGUAUAGUAUUCUCAGUUUCAAUUUUUUCUGUUAUAGUGAUAUUUCCAUUUACCAUUUACAGUAGUACUUCACUGAAUGACAUAAUACCAUUUAGCGCACUAUUACUUUGGUAUAACUUCUCUUAAUUUUGGAGUAAUGUCAAAGCGAAACAGUAAAGACUCUCAUUCUUAAAAUAAAAAUAGGAAGUUACCAGCAUCAUGCAAAUGUAAUUUUAAGAAAUAUGUUCCUUUUUUUAUAAUUAAACAAUUAUUUUGAAUGGAAUAUUGAAGUAUUGUAUAAAUGAUUAUACAAAUUUUUCUUCUUUUUUGUUUUUAUUUGUUUGUAUACAGGAGAUGGCACAUUACACUGAUUUAAAGGGAUGAACCCUUUAAACACUACAGUCUGUAAAGAUUUUUGGGUCUCUGUCACAAAUAUUAGAUUUGACAAUGACAACUCAUCCGACAGAAUAAAAACAUUGAAGUACAAAAAAUGAAAAUAAAAAAUUUUGGUACAAAAGGAAUUUGACAGAAAUAAUUUCCACAAAUUAAUGUAAUUGUAUGCUUUGAAUGGCAUUACUUUUGUGAAGUAAUGUUGUAGAUCAUUACUAUUUGAAAUUUUUUUAAUGCCUGCAAACGUUAGUAAUUUAUGGAUGUACAAAAUUGCCUUUAUAAUUCUACAUAGACACUGUAUAUUGUUUUGUGUUUGGAACUUUCCAUAACUUCAUAUUAGUUGAAUUUCAGGUUAUAGUUGUUUGUUACAUUCUUUUAAAUAUUUUUGAUUUUAUUACCAAAAGGCACAAAUGGAAUGCUAAUGCUGUUAAUGUCUUUGUGGCACUGCUUCAAAAAUAUGUUUGUAACUCUCUAAAGUUAAGCAAAUGUUUUGACUCUCAUUAAAUGAAACGAAGAAAUAUGUGGUGCUAGGUCUCCAGAGAGAAAUAAAUUUGGUUAACAGUCUUUUAAUGACUAUAAAUGAUUAAAAUGUAAGAUUAAAAAAGAAACUAAUGUGAAGCUUUGAAAAAGCUCCUGUUGUUGCCUUGUGUUGUUCAGAAUUAUAAAGUGUUAUCAAUUGCAUGUCAUUGUUAUCUGAAAUGUAAAUAAUAUGUUAGUAUAUUUGAAAGUUUUAUUUUAAAGAAUGACAGUAUCUGAAAGGAGUUCUGGUGUACUUCAAAGAAGUCUGUUUUUAAUGCAAAAUAGCCCAGAGAACCUAAACAUAUACAGUUUGUUUAAUGAGUAUGGAGAGUACUCAAUUACAUUUUAACCACAUUUGGUAUCACUACAUUUCAAGCAAUGCUGCCAUGAAAACAAAAAUGUGAAUGUGUACAGUUUUUCAUAAUACCAGAGUACUUAAUCAGUCACAAAAAGUGUACACAUGGGUAAUAGUUUUACCCAUUGUUUUCCAAAUCAAAAAAUGUUGAAUAAAUAAAAAACUUUUAAAGCUUUUGUUAACCCGGUUAGAUUGUAUCUCUGAUAUGUUACAUCAUCCUUGUUUAAGAAACGAGCAUCAGAAGAAUAUUUCUACAGUGACAUUAUUUAGUGGUCUUGUGUGAAACAACUCGUAACUUAAAAUUAUCAGUAAAAUUUUGUUGCAUCUCUGUAUGUAAGCCUGUCUCACAUGAUAGUGUUUUGAUCUUCCUCAGAAUAAACCUGGUACAAUGCAAAUUAAUGUAUUUUAUAUUAAUAAUAUAAAUGAUCUCAACAGUUGAAACCUUUAAAGUCAUAUUCUACAUCUACAUUUAUACUGUACAAUCCACUUUUCAAUGUAUGGUGGAGGGUAUCUAAUAUUUGUGGCAAAACAUUAUAAUCUCAUACUGUGAUGAUCCAGAAUUUGUGCGAAUAUACAGUUUUACCCUCUUUCCAACCUGCAUUUUAAGUCUCUCUUAAUCCUCCUCUUCCCCUUCCCCUACCCCUUCAUCCUCCUCCUCCUCCUCCUCCCACCCCAACCCCCACCCUACACUCAUUCCAUCUUCACUGCCCCACCUUCACUCAGUACUGCAGCUCCCCUUUUGCUAAUUCAAAUUUCAAUAUUUUAUUUCUGUGGGCUAUUUUGGCCCCUGUUUCAGCUUUUUUCAUAAUUUUACUUGUAAAUGCUGGUCAUCACAUUAACUAUCUAACCCAUUGUAGCUAUACCAGUCAUUUGUCAACCAUGUGUCAUGAGAAUUAACAGACAUAAAAGCUACACUAUGUAAUGACAAAAUUGUGAGAAGGGUAGUUGCUACUCACCAUAUAGUGGAGAUGCUGAGUCGCAGAUAGGCACAACAAAAAGCGUGUCGGAAAGUGAACUUUCGGCCAACAAGCCCUUGUCAAAAAUACGUAUGUACACACACACACACACACACACACACACACACACACACACACACAAAUCAC